CUCCGGGCCCCGCUCCCGCCCGCCGCACCGCGCCCGGCCCCGCUCCGGGCCCCCACACCCGGCCCCGCAGCGGCGCCCCCUCGCCCCGGCCCUUCCCGGCUCGCCGAGGCCGAGAGCGGGCCCGCCGGGCCCCCGGCGCGCUCGGGCCCGGGCGGAGGCGGAGGGGCCGCGCUCCUCCCUGGCCGCCCCCGCCAUGGCCGACAACGAGAAGCUGGACAACCAGCGCCUCAAGAACUUCAAGAACAAAGGCCGCGACCUGGAGACUAUGAGAAGACAAAGAAAUGAAGUUGUCGUGGAGUUGAGAAAGAACAAAAGAGAUGAGCAUCUCCUAAAGAGGAGGAAUGUUCCCCACGAAGAUAUCUGUGAGGAUUCUGAUAUCGAUGGGGACUUCAGAGUGCAAAACACUUCUUUGGAGGCAAUAGUACAGAAUGCUUCAAGUGACAACCAGGGUAUUCAGUUAAGUGCUGUGCAGGCAGCAAGGAAGCUGCUGUCCAGUGACCGCAACCCACCCAUCGACGACCUCAUAAAAUCAGGAAUAUUACCUAUCCUAGUGCACUGUCUUGAAAGAGAUGACAAUCCUUCCUUACAGUUUGAAGCUGCGUGGGCGCUGACAAACAUCGCCUCUGGCACCUCGGAGCAGACCCAGGCUGUGGUUCAAUCCAAUGCUGUGCCGCUUUUCCUGAGACUGCUGCAUUCACCUCAUCAAAAUGUUUGUGAGCAAGCAGUGUGGGCUUUAGGGAAUAUCAUAGGUGAUGGACCCCAGUGUAGAGAUUAUGUCAUUAGCCUUGGAGUAGUGAAGCCCCUGCUGUCCUUCAUCAGCCCCUCCAUCCCCAUCACCUUCCUCAGGAACGUCACCUGGGUGAUGGUGAACCUGUGCCGCCACAAGGACCCCCCUCCGCCCAUGGAGACCAUCCAGGAGAUCCUGCCCGCGCUCUGCGUUCUCAUUCACCACACCGAUGUCAAUAUAUUGGUAGAUACAGUCUGGGCCCUCUCCUAUCUGACGGAUGCUGGCAACGAGCAGAUCCAGAUGGUGAUAGACUCUGGCAUUGUCCCUCACCUGGUUCCUCUCCUCAGCCACCAGGAAGUCAAAGUCCAGACUGCUGCCCUGAGGGCUGUGGGGAACAUCGUCACUGGCACCGACGAGCAGACACAGGUGGUUCUCAACUGUGAAGCUCUCUCCCAUUUCCCAGCACUUCUGAUACAUCCCAAAGAAAAAAUUAAUAAGGAAGCAGUGUGGUUCCUAUCCAACAUCACUGCAGGAAACCAGCAGCAAGUUCAGGCAGUAAUAGAUGCAAACCUUGUUCCAAUGAUAAUCCAUCUUCUAGAUAAGGGGGAUUUUGGGACUCAGAAAGAAGCUGCUUGGGCAAUAAGCAACUUAACAAUCAGCGGGAGAAAAGACCAGGUGGCUUACUUGAUUCAACAAAAUGUAAUCCCUCCCUUUUGCAAUUUGCUGACAGUAAAAGAUGCACAAGUUGUGCAGGUGGUUCUGGAUGGACUAAGUAAUAUAUUAAAAAUGGCUGAAGAGGAAGCAGAAACCAUAGCCAACCUUAUAGAAGAGUGUGGAGGCCUGGAGAAAAUUGAACAGCUACAAAACCAUGAAAAUGAAGACAUCUACAAACUGGCUUAUGAGAUCAUUGACCAGUUCUUCUCCUCAGAUGAUAUUGAUGAAGAUCCAAGCCUUGUUCCAGAAGCGAUCCAAGGCGGAACAUUUGGUUUCAAUUCAUCUGCCAAUGUACCAGCAGAAGGGUUCCAGUUUUAGAGUGGUAUUUUGGAAGUUUAGGUACAAUGCAGCACUGAAUAAAAAAAAAAAAAAGGUUUGAUCCAUCAAUCUUGGCUCAUGGGAUCCGCUGCUGCAUUAAAUCGGGAAAGUAAACGUGAAGAUUUCAUUUGGAAUCACAGAAAAGCCCAAAUGAAGUCAAGAUGGCGAGUGGGUGCGAGUGAGAAUGAGUGGCAAAAUGUAAUGACAAACUUCACACUGAAUGCUUCUUUAGAUUGUUCAAAGAAAAAGGGCUCCAGGUCCCAGCUCUGCAGUGCCUGAGGAGGAGCACGGCCCUGCCGAGGACUCUCAUCAUCAGCCUCGUCAGCAGCAGCGCCCAGGGCAGGGCAGGGAGAGCGCAGGCCUUGCUCUGCAGCCCCGUGUGAGUGAUGGCAGCGUGCAUGCAGUGCCUGCAGGGGUGCCUGCAGCUCUGGUGCGGUGCAGUGAGUGACUGCAGUGAAUGUCUGCAGCUCUGGUGCGGUGCAGUGUCUGCGGCUCUGGUGCGUGCAGUGAGUGACUGCACUGGUGCAGUGAG